GCAUUAGAAAGCGGUGGUCCGUGGAGGAACGGGGAGGGGGGAGUCGGGUUUCAGACCCAGUCCCGAUGCACUGAAGCUGCCUUUGUUUGACUGGGAACCAGAGGGAGAGUGAGGAGGAGGAGGAGGAGAAGUUUUUAGCUUGGAGGGAGUGAAAGAGCGACAGAGUGGGCUCCAUCUCUCUCUCUGUCACCACCAAAUAAAUGAAAAGGGAAACUUUAGUGUGGAUUUAAGCUCCCCAUCAGUGAAGAUGGCUUCACGCAUUCCUCCCUGGUUCUUUGGAUUAUCUCUCCUGUGCUGCCAUCACUCCUCUGCCUAUCAGCUGCUGGACGACCGGGGUUCUCACAGCUCGUUGGAUCUGACGGAGCUGAUCGGCGUCCCCCUGCCUCCCUCCGUCUCCUUUGUCACCGGAUUCGAGGGCUACCCGGCCUACAGCUUCGGCCCGGGUGCCAACGUGGGCCGCCUCACCAAGUCGUUCAUCCCAGAUCCGUUCCAUCACGACUUCGCCAUCACAGUGAUGGCGAAGCCGACCACACGGCGCGGCGGUGUGCUGUUCGCCAUCACAGACGCGUUUCAAAAAGUCGUGCAGCUCGGUGUCGCCCUGUCGGAGGUGGAAGACGGCGCCCAGAACGUCAUAUUGUACUACACCGACCCAGAAACCAGAGGCGGGACCAGAGAGGCUGCUUCUUUCAAAAUGGGGGAGGUGACAGGACGCUGGGCGAGGUUUACCCUGACCGUGCAAGGAGCAGAGAUCCGCCUCUACAUGGACUGUGAGGAAUACCACAGAGUGGCCUUCACCAGGAGCGCCCAGCCUCUGACCUUCCAGACCAGUUCGGGGAUCUUCGUGGGGAAUGCCGGUGGAACGGGUCUCCCUCGGUUUGUGGGCUCCAUCCAGAAACUGCUGCUGAACUCGGAUCCCACGGCUCCAGGUGACCAGUGUGAGGAGGACGAUCCUUACGUGUCGGGUUUUGGGAGCGGAGAUGAAGAUUAUGACGACUCAAAGGAAGGAGAUGAAGUGAAGAAGAUUGUGGAGGAGAGAGAAUACCCCAUGGUUUUUCCAGAACCGGAUCCCACAUAUGGCGGCCCAGUCCAAGCUCCGCCCACUGAUCCGUCACUAAUCGAUGAUGAAGAUGGAGAUGAUGAGGAGUCAUCUGGCCAGGAGUUGGAAAGGACCACCGAAAGAGCAGCAACAUCUCGGGCGAACGCCUCUGAGAGACGAGCCGACGCUUCCCUCCAGGUGUCCACAGGGCAGAAAGGUGAACCAGGUGAGCCAGGUCCUCCAGGACCUCCUGGCCCUCCAGGACAAGCAGCAGGUGGGGGAGGGGAUCCUGGACCAAGAGGUCCUCAAGGGCCAAAGGGACCUGCAGGCCCAACUGGGCUUCCUGGGAAAGAUGGCGAGCCUGGGAUGAAAGGUGAACGCGGGCUGCCAGGAGCAGCAGGAUUCCCUGGACUACCAGGAGAUUCUGGUCUAAAGGGAGAGAAAGGUGAUCCGGGCCUGGGGGUUCCUGGUCCUCCCGGGCCUCCUGGACCUCCUGGUCCACCCAGCAAAGCUCUCAUGGAGGGCUCUGGAUUCGAAGACUUUGACAGCGAUACAGAGGUUGUCAGGGGCCCCCCAGGGCCUCCGGGCCCCCCAGGGCUGCCUGGCCUCCCAGGAUCCUCAGCUGGUGGUGUCACUCCGGGGCUUCCUGGGCCUCCUGGGCCUCCUGGGAAAGAUGGCACGAACGGAGAACCGGGACUCGCUGGAGUUGAUGGAAAAGACGGCGACCCGGGCCCUGCAGGAGAGAAAGGAGACAAGGGAGAGCCUGGAGCGAGCGGGCCACCAGGACCAAAGGGAGAUCAGGGUCCGGCUGGGUUUCCAGGGCUACCGGGGUCACCGGGCACCGAGGGGCAGCCUGGUCCGAGGGGUCCGCCUGGACCUCCUGGGCCGCCCGGACCCUCAGGAAGUCGCUUCGCCGUGGCGCUAGAGGACCUGGAAGGAUCUGGCCUGCUGGAGGAUUUCGGAGGCUCUUCUGGUCCUCAGGGCCCACCAGGAGUCCCCGGACCUCCGGGCCCCAAGGGAGCCGAUGGUUCGGAGGGGAGCCCGGGAAAGCCAGGUCAGAAGGGGGAGCAAGGUGUUAGCGGACCACCGGGACUUCCUGGUCUGGAUGGAAUGAAAGGAGAAAAGGGAGCAAACGGGAACAAAGGAGAUCCAGGAAUAAAGGGAGAACGUGGUCGGGAUGGAGUCGGUGUGCCUGGUCCUCCAGGACUGCCCGGACCGCCAGGACCGGUUAUCAACCUCCAGGAUCUUCUGCUUAAUGCUACAGAUGGUGCCUUCAAUUUCUCAGGAAUAUUUCAAACUCAGGUUCCUGCUGGACCAAAAGGUCCAAAAGGUGACGUUGGAUUGCAGGGUUUACAAGGACCUCCAGGGAUAAAGGGUGAAAAGGGUGAACCCGGAUUCCUCAGCGGCCCAGAUGGGUCCCUAAUGUCGGAUCUGGCUGGAGCGUUGGGAACCAAAGGAAUCAAGGGAGAUAACGGCGUUCCCGGAGCCCCAGGAGUUUCUGGUCCAGUUGGACCUCCAGGACCAAAAGGAGAAAUCGGUUUCCCUGGUCGACAGGGUCGUCCGGGGUUACUGGGUCCAAAAGGAGAGAAAGGAGACCCUCAUGGCCUACCAGGGCCUCCUGGGCCUCCAGGACCCCCAGGCAAGCCAGGAAUGUUCAACUGCCCCAAAGGAACAGUGUUCCCCAUCCCUCCCAGACCUCACUGCAAAAUGCCUAAAGUCUUCAGGAUGCCUCUGAAAUAUUGCUGCAUGCUGCAUGGGAGCAGCGGGAAGGUGAAGGUUCAGUGCCGCAGGUUGACAGAGCUUCAUCCCAAUGGAACAGUUGCGUCAGGAAACUGCCGUCAAGGAGCAAAAGGAGAGAAGGGGGAGAGAGGACUUCCAGGGUUACCAGCCCCACAAAGUUCAUUUCUCCCCUCAGGAGGAUGGCUGACUAAAGGUGACCAAGGCAUGAAGGGAGAGAAGGGAGAAAAGGGGGAGGCCGGGUUCCCGGGCCAGCCAGGAAUACCUGGGAGGUCCGGAUUGGUGGGACCUAAAGGGGAGUCGGUGCUUGGACCACCUGGGCCUCCGGGGAUGCCCGGCCCACCUGGGGCUCCAGGCUAUGGCAGACCCGGUGCCGUCGGUCCUCCUGGUCCUCCAGGACCACCUGGACUACCACUAAGAUACGGCUCAGCUGUGGCCAUUGCUGGCCCUCCUGGACCUCCGGGACCACCUGGAGCCCCUGGGACUUCAAGUAACUCUGCGUUUCUGAAAACCUUUUCAACUCGAGAGAGCAUGAUGCAGCAGACGUCGAGGGACGAAGAGGGAACUCUGGCUUACGUCAAAGCAACAGGAAACCUCUUCCUAAAGGUUCCCCAAGGCUGGAAGCAAAUACAGCUGGGCAGCCUCAUCUACCUCUCCAGUAACAUCAUCCCCCAAGAUGAGCCUCGAGUUGCAUAUCAAGUAAGAGGAGAGACGAUGCAGAGAGUCCGUUCAGUCAAAGAAAGGCUAAACUUGGUAGCGUUGAAUCAGCCGCACUCAGGGAACAUGAUGGGGCUCGACAUGGCUGACCGGAUGUGUUAUGAGCAGGCCAAGGCCAUGGGUUUGUCUCCCAACUACCGCGCCUUCAUUUCAUCCCACAAGCAGGACCUGGUCCAUGUCGUCUAUCCCGGUUUCCGGGACUCGCUGCCAGUAACGAACCUCAGGGGAGACGUGAUGUUCAGGAACUGGCAGUCCAUCUUCAUCGGCAACGGCGGACCAGUGAAUCCCAGGAUACCCAUCUACUCCUUUGAUGGCCGGGAUGUUUUAGCUGAUCCUUUCUGGCCCAAGAAGAGCAUCUGGCACGGUUCCACCAGCAGGGGUCUCAGAGUGGUCGACAAACACUGCGAGACGUGGCAGGCGGACGACUUCUCCGUCAUGGGCCAGUCGUCCAGCCUGACCUCAGGGCUGCUGCUCGGCCAGCAGACCAGAAGCUGCUCCACCGAGUUCAUCGUCCUCUGCAUCGAGACCUACAAAAACUCCUAACUCACUCAGACAAAACCCAACUUGGACGUAGUAAACAUUAAUGACUCCUUGAGGACAUAAUUUUAGCCGUUUGUGGUUUUAAACCAACGUCAUCUUUUAGUUUCCUGACUUCUGAGAUCAGUUAGAGGACUACUCUCUCCGAACAAGAAUCACAGAAUGUCUUUAUUUAUUACGAAGCAAGUCAAAGAUUUCCAACCGGGUGGCACAUACAGCGAUGCAGGAUAAAACACAGAGGUUUGACACUAUGAACGAAUAAAUGCAUACUCAGUGACAAUGAAGUUAAACAUGCAACACUGCAUGGAUAUAAAGUAGCACAUAUUCCUUCUUUUAUACGUUAGAUCAAAAAUACAAGAUCAGUGACUGAACCUUGAGGCCUACUUCUCUAUUUGUUUAGAAAAGGGUUGUUUCAAAAGGUUUUCUUAGUUUUUUUCUACUUCAUGGAAGACCAGAUAGCCAAUGUUGCCACCAAAGACAUUUGUGAUGCACUGUACUUUUUUGUUUUUUGUUUUUUAUCUAGUUCUGUGUUUGUUUGAUGACCAUUCUUUUUAGGAACUUUCUCUUUAAAGGACUUAUUUAAUUUAAAUCUAUUGAUUUAUUUAUGCUGUCACAGCACAUAAACAUCAGACAAUAAAAAUUGAGAAUGUAAUUUAUCAUCUGUUUAUUGACUCUCUCUCUUCUAGAUUUGGUCUAUUUUUGUAUGUUCUUUAGCAAGAUAGAAGUAUUUGAGUGUCAAUAGAAGAUGAUAAAUGUAUCAAACCAUGCAAUACAAAUUCAUGUUUGAAAGGACAAAACAAAGUGCAAAUGUGAGAGCGCAUGUUUUGUACAAAAUACAAAUAUUUGUGGUUUUGGGAAUAAAGCUAUUUCUUUUCAUAAA